CCCUGACCAUUCCACUUGCUUUUACAGUUAUCCAAUCUGAAUACAACAGAAUUAUUAAGUUUAUGUAUGAACAUUCUCGUAACCAACAUUUUUAGGUUCUAAUAAGCAUUUUAUGAAAUGAAAAUGAACACAAACGUAUAGUAUAGACAAUAUCGUCUUUGCCCGUACAUGAAAUUCAUUUUAUGAAAUCAACCAUCAUUUUUCUUUUGAUAAAAAAGUAUACCAUCUUAUAAAUUAAAUGACCAUAUGAUCAUGAUUUUUUUUAGCAACAUUCAUCUAGAAGUUACAACAUCUAAUUUCCAGUACAUUACUUAUAUCAUGAUAAACGAUUUAAACAGACAAAAACUUGAAAUAACUAAAACUUACCACUUGUAAUAUUCUGAUAUUUGACAAAAAAUGUUCUCAGUUGCGUUGACGAAAGAAAUAAAUUCCAAUCUCUCGUGUGAUGAUAUACCAAAUACAACAAGAAAUAUAUAUAUAUAUAUAUGUAUAUAUCCAGGCCACUAAUUAAUACAUAUAUAUUCGAAUUAAAAAUAAAUAUCUCAUAACACGCCAAGACUAUAUAAACCCUCCACUAAACCGUUUCAAAUCCACACACCCCCACCUCUAUUAUUCAACUUCUCUCUCAAAACAAUGUCUUCUCCAGUUCUCAUAAUUCUCCUCUUACUUCUCUCAAUCUCAUUGUCCUCAGCUCAGACCUACAACAUUCUAUCUUACGGAGCCAAACCGGACGGUAAAACCGACUCUACCAAGGCCUUAACCGCUGUGUGGGCCAAAGCCUGCGCCUCAGUCAAGCCGGUCACCAUAUCUAUCCCUAAGGGACGGUUUUUAUUAAGAAGCAUUGUAUUUGAUGGAGCCAAGUGUAAACGCAAGUCAGUCACGUUCCGUAUCCAAGGUACACUUGUGGCUCCGUCGGAUUAUAGAGUCAUUGGUAACGGAAACUACUGGAUUUUCUUCCAGCAUCUCGACGGCCUCUCCGUCUACGGUGGAGUUCUUGACGCUCAGGGAGCUUCUCUAUGGUCUUGCAAGAAGUCCGGCCAGAAUUGCCCUAGUGGUGCUACGAGCAUAGGGUUUCAGAGCUCAAGCAACGUGGUGAUCUCAGGGCUAACGUCACUCAACAGUCAGAUGUUUCACGUCGUGAUUAACGGCUGCCGUAACGUAAAUAUACAAGGAGUCAAAGUUUCUGCUGAUGGAAACAGUCCAAAUACUGACGGCAUCCACGUCCAGUCAUCCUCCACCGUCUCCAUCCUCAACUCAAAAAUAUCCACCGGCGAUGAUUGUGUAUCCAUCGGUCCUGGAACUAAUGGCCUCUGGAUCGAAAACGUUGCUUGUGGCCCUGGCCAUGGUAUCAGCAUUGGGAGCUUGGGAAAAGAAAGUGUAGAGGCAGGUGUACAGAACGUAACAGUAAAAACGGCUACGUUUACAGGAACAGAGAAUGGGGUGAGAAUAAAGUCAUGGGCCAGGCCCAGUAAUGGAUUCGCUAAGAACAUCCGUUUCCAGCGUUGCGUUAUGAACAACGUACAGAACCCAAUAGUCAUUGACCAAAACUACUGUCCUGGCAACGAAAACUGCCCUAACCAGGUUUCUGGAAUAAAAAUCAGCGAUGUAAUGUUCUUCGACAUCCACGGGACAUCGGCAACACAAGUUGGAGUGAAAUUUGAUUGUAGCUCUAAGAAGCCGUGUACCGGAAUCAGACUUCAAGACGUGAAGCUAACAUACCAGAAUAAACCGGCAAUGGCAGAUUGUAGCCAUGCAGGAGGGACUGAGGCUGGGUUUCAACAGCCCAACAGUUGUCUAUGACCAGACAAAAUAAUAUUUAUAUUUGUCUUGUGUCGUGACAUGUAAGUAACGUCGUCGCUUCUAUAUAUAGUUUUACGACCCUAUUCGUGGUGGUUUGGAACGUGGCUAAUGGCUAAUUUAUCGGCCAAAUAGAUCUUGGGUCUAGCCUUGUUGUAUUGCUUGGCACGAAGAACAACCUUUGUUGCGUUGUCUUUUAA